UCGUUUCGUCACAUAAUAGUAAUGGCUCUCUAAUAAAAUGUGUGUAAAUAUUAAAUUAUUUUCACUAAAUAAAAUUUUUUAAGUAAACUAUAUUUAUAUAUCAUAUAACAGACACAUAUAAUACAUGUAUAAUAAUUUAUUAAUACAAUAUAUUUUUGUAUGCAUAAAAAUGUUUAAUUUUUUUUGUUUGUUUGUUAAAUAAUUGAUUUUUCACACACAAAAUAAUUUCUAUUAUUUUGUUUUAAUUUUCGGAAAAGAGAGUUGAUGCCAAGUAUGGCAACAAUGAUGAGUAGAUUUGGGUUUCACGAUAUAAUGCAGCCGUCGGUUGGCCACCAAAAUAGCGCACAAAUAGCAAUCAGUGACACAUCUUCGGGCGAUACAAUGUCGCCGCAGAGAAAGAUAUCGCGUGAGACCAUACAUUCGGGUCAUUUUAUGGUCUCCGAGAUCGACGAAAAUGAACAGACGGGUGGAGUUGUAGUCGCUGAGCCGUCACACGACUCAGACUACGAACGGCCAGUCGAGACCAACGAUGCUCUUAACUAUGAUUUGGAGAUGAAUUGUAGAGAAACAACACAAACCUAUGCCUACGGACCCAAAUCGUUGAAUACGGUGUCCAUCGAUGGCUCGCUGACGAAGCUGUUCGAGUGUAUGAGUCUGGCCUACAGCGGAAAGAUUACAUCUCCCCGUUGGAAGACAUUCAAAGGUCUUAAGUUGAAAUUGAAAGACAAGAUCCGACUCAACAAUAUUAUAUGGAGAGCCUGGCAUAUACAAUACAUCGCCAGACGUAAUCCAAUUGUUUGCCAGUUUUCAUCGCCGGUAGACAGCGAUCGUCACAAGAAAGCCGAAGCAGUUAUAAUGGAGGGUAAAUACUGGAAACGACGGUUGGCCACUGUUACGGCCGAAUAUCAAAAAUGGAGACAAUAUUAUAGAAAUACGGGAAGACCUGUUACACCAUCCCGUCCCGCGAUUCAAUUUGAUUGGGAAAACAGUUUUAAUACUUUAUCGGCCGAUAUGGUCAGUGCCGACGACAUAAUGGAUUUUAGUGACACUUUUUUAAGCAAUUUGCCGAUUAAUUUUGAUUUUCCGAAUCCCCGAGAAAUAGCCCGAAGCGGAAUGUCGGCAGAGUUUAUACAGCCAGGACUCGUGCAAUUACAACCAAAUUUCGAUGAAUUUAUGGACACGUUUGAGCCGUAUCAAGAGUUGUUCUUCAAUUCGAAAAAUACAUCUUCGUUGCCAACAUUACCCGAAGAGUCCAAUGUUGUGGCGGAUCAACAAAAUUCAAAACAACUCAAUCAUUUGAUAUCCGAUUUAAGUGCUAAAGAUUUAAUGAUUCAACUUCUCGGUGAGUCAAACAAUAUGACGGCCAACACAAAUGCGACAUCGAUUCAAAACUAUACGGUGAACAACAAAAAUCUGAUGCAAACCAUGGACUCCAUUCAAAAUCAAUUUGAUCCCAAUCUGAAUGCUUCGUACAAAAUGAAUUCAAUGAACACAAUCCAACCUCAGGUGGUAAGCAAUGCUCAAACGAUGCCAGUGAUGACCAAUAUGACUGCCAUACAAAAUAACAUGCAAUCAAAGCCACUACUGGAUCAAACUAUACCGUAUACACAAUACGGUAGUCCGGUUGGUGGUACACAAAAUACAGUGCCUUUAACUCACAUUCAAUCGCCUAUACAUACGAAAAGUCGGGUUCAGAUGGUCCAAGAAUUUGCUCAGUCAAACAAUAACAAUAACAUCAAUAAUAACAUCAACAACAAUAGCAUCUCAUAUUCAUCGAUGACGGUUAGUCCUGUCAGUCCGGCUCAUCAGCACUACGUCAACGUGAAGACCAGCCAGAGUCCGCUGAGAAAGAAGUACCAGAACACACAUCCGAAAGUGACGAUUGCCUCCAGCGCUGCCACCAAUCAGAAGUUUGCGAUUCCCAAGACUAUGCCGGCCAAACAAAGGUCUCGCGAGAGAAGCAUUUCAACGCCUCAUAUCAACAGAGGCGGAUUACAGGUGUUGCCACCGGUGACCACACAAGCCAGUGCUGUUUCGAUGUUGGACAUUAACUCUCUCCCGAAUCCCAAUCCCCGAGUCAACCAAAUCCCUAUCGAGCGCUCAAAUUCUCUGCCCGUCUAUACUCAAGAACCACAGCGACGAAAAGGUGUCGUCGCAUUGCCUCCCAAUAUGUUCAACACUUCAAAUUUGGUGACCACUUCGACCACCAAUCUAUCACCAAAUCUAUCAUAUUCAUUACAACCAACCAUACAAUCAAUACAACACCAACAACAACAACAGCCGACGACGAUUAACAAUCAUAGGCUGCAAAUAAUAACACAAAACGACGCCAACAACUCUUACUCUUCUUCUCCAUACUUAUCAUCUCAACAGCAAUUGGUUGUGUCCAAUAUGCCCAACGCUUACGAUAUACCUCAGGGAUCUACUAAUACUACUAGUUCUUCAAAUGACAGCACACUUAUUGCACGUCUACUGACCUCAAACUCAUUGUCUAACAUAUCGGGCAACAGUUCAUCACAACAACAACAACAACAUCAACAACACAUGUACUCAAAUCAAAGUGCAGCUCACAAUAUGAAUGCGAGAAACACCGAAAGGCCCACAACUAUUGACGCCAGUUGUAUUGGGAUCAGACCACAGGUCAAAACGAUUGCCAAUGAAAAAUCUCAGAUGUUUUUACCAAAACAAAUGAGUGACACAAAUACUACUGCAAUACAAAUGAGUGGUCAGUUGACGCCAAACUUUAAGCCAAAUUUUAUAAUACAAUCAAAUCAAGACAUCAGUUCUUCAUCAUCGAUAGUAUCAAUUGUGCCGCACAUGCCAUCGCUAUCCAAAUCGCAUUCAUCUCCGAUAUCGUUGCACUCGUCGAAAGAUAAAUUUACUGGUUUUCAAUCGAUACCAUCGCCGCCAUCAAUGUGUUCGCCGACUAACGCGCCAAAAGGCAAACCGGGCAAAGAUAAGGUCCAAUAUCGAGAACACCGACGCGUUUGCCAUAUAAAUGCCGAACAGAAACGGCGCUGUAAUAUCAAGAAUGGUUUCGACACACUCAAGACAUUGUUGCCAUCCAUUAGCCACAACACCAACACAAAGAUUAGCAAAGCAGCGAUGCUCCAGAAGGCCGUUGAAUUCAUCCAAGAGCUUCAGGGAGAGUCUCAUAAACAACAGGACGAAACAGAUCAGCUGAGGAAUCAGGUCGACAGCGUUAACCAGAUUAUUAGUGUCUAUCAAAAUCAAUUACCGGCAACUGGUGUCCCGAUAUCAUCGCAGCGUUCAUCGCAGACUCGGGUACUUUACGAGAACUAUGUUCGCGAAAAAACUCUGGAAAAUUGGAAAUUUUGGAUUUUUAGCAUAAUAAUGGGCUCAUUAUGGGAUUCAUAUAAUCAGACGGUGACCACAUCCAGUGAUGAAGAGAUCACCAAAUCGUUGUCCCGUUGGUUGGAACACAGCUGUUGUCUCUCCCAAUUGAGAAAAGAUGUAUGCAAUUCGUUACGCUAUUUGAGUACAUCGACAAACAUAUUGACUGAUCCCAACCUAUUGCCAGACGAGGCAUAUCAAGCGGUCACGAAAAAGGAGAAACAAUUGUCUUCGUGAGUCUUCACCGAAACUUUAACUAAUCCAUUGAUAAACGCAAGAGUAAACACACGUCACACAAGAGUUUCAUUACUAUAUAUAUAUAUAUAC